AUGCUCCGCCUCCGCCUCCGAGAGUGCUUCGUUUCCCAUCUCCUCGCCUCUCCCUCCACCUGUUCCAUCUCCCCACUCCGCCGCCUCCUCUCCGCCGCCGCGUCGCCCCCUAUUUGCCCGAAACCUAGUAGCUUCGCCGUCGAGGACUACCUCAUCAACACCUGCGGUCUCACCCGGCCCCAAGCCCUCAAGGCCUCCACCAAGAUCUCCCACCUCAAGUCCCCCGCCAAACCCAACGCCGUCCUCGCCUUCCUCGCCGGCCUCGGCCUCUCCGGCGCCGACGUUGCCGCGGUCGUCGCCAAGGACCCGCAGCUCCUAUGCGCCAAAGUGGACAAAACCCUGGCUCCUAAGGUCGCCAGGCUCGCCGGCCUCGGUUUCUCGCGUCCUCAGAUCGCCCGCCUCGUCUCCGUCACCCCCUACUGCUUCCGCUCCAGAAACUUUGUGUCCAAGCCCAAUGUUGACUUCCUGAGGGAGUGCGGGCUAUCUGCUUGUGAUAUUGCCAAUCUGGCUAUGUAUAACCGGGGGAUGUUGACAACCAACUUGGAGCACCUCCAGGCGAUGGUGACAUGUGCCGAAGGUAUAGGUGUGCCCCGUGGCUCUGGGAUGUUCAGACAAGCGCUACAUGCUAUCGCAUUCCAAAACCCGGAGAAGAUUGCCGCCAAAGUGAACUACUUGAAGAACACGUUCAAGUGGUCGCACGCCGAGGCUGGCAUCGCGGUGUCUAAAGCACCGAUUCUCUUGAGGAUGUCAAAGGACAAGCUGCAGCGCACAUCUCAGUUCCUCAUCCCUGAGGCGGGAUUAGAACCAGCACGCAUUGCUCAUCGGCCAAUACUGCUCACUUACAGCCUGGAGGGCCGGCUCAGGCCCCGGCACUACGUUCUAAAGUUUGUUAAGGAAAAUGGGUUGCUCGAUCGUGAUCGGAGCUACUUCUCCGCAGUCGAUAUGACCGAGAAUGUUUUUGUGGAGAAGUUCGUGCGCCCUCACAUCGAAGCUGCGCCGCACCUUGCUGAAGACUAUGCUGCUGCUUGCCGAGGGGAAGUACCCACUAGAUUCAUACUUGCUUGA